AUGGAUAUUGCUACUCCGACUCCUCAAGAUCUACAAAGGAAGCUGUAUUUCUUAGUGGAACAACUUCAACAUAUGGCUGGUGAACUUCCUCCAAAGUAUCAAAUGAGACUUCCUUAUGAAUUACUGUCAGGCUUAGCUAAUUCUCUGUUGAAUGAUACAAUAUUUGAGAUUGUUAAAGGAUUAAUGGAAAUUCAACACGUCACGGAGAAACAUCUUUUCCAACAGCGCCUUCAGUUAUUGAAUCAACAAAAAAUUGAAAUGCAGGAAGCAUUAACCUCUGUGUCAACAGAUGCGGAAAGGGUGGCGAUAAAAACAGCAUUGUAUAAAAAACACAGGGAAGAAUUAAAGCACAUGGAUAUGAAAUUGGUUCUACAAUUGGAUCAAAAAGUAGCAGAUCAACAAAGCAUUUUGGAAAAGGCCGGUGUACCUGGAUUUUAUGUUACAAGUAAUCCUAUAGAAAUUCAAGUACAAAUGAGACUAUGUGACUUUAUAAUCAGACUUAGUAAUAUGGAAGUUCCAAGUUAA